UUGCAUGGACCGGUACCCGGGUGGCUGAAAAUGUAAACUAAGCACCAAUGGAAUGGUCGCAAAUGUACUACCUCCACUCAUCCUGGACACCGGGGCAUGCAAAACGAACAGACCCAUUGGGACAACAGGCGUACAUUUUUACUCAUUUAUUUUACGUUUAAAUUAGCAAAUACCAGCACUGCAAUGGCAAUUGACUGGCUUGGAUUUGGCUACGCUGCAGCCAUAGUCUUUGGGGGAUUCAUGGGAUACAAGAAAAAAGGUAGUGUCAUGUCACUGAUAGCUGGGCUAUUGUUUGGCAGCAUAGCCGCCUAUGGGGCCUUCAUGAUUUCAAAUGACCCAACCAAGACUUUCUACUCCCUCGUUGCCUCAGGAGCGCUGACAAUAGUAAUGGGAAUGAGAUUCAAGAAAUCUGGUAAAAUAAUGCCAGGUGGUAUCAUGGCAGGACUAAGUGUGCUGAUGGUCCUACGACUUCUCUUCAUGAGUGUCAUUGUAAUGUGAUUUGAACAAUACAACAACCAACUAAAGCAAGAUGGAAAAUGUCAUCACAAGGGAUGAAUUUGCAUUUGCACAUUGUUUGUGCUUGCCUAUAUGUAUUAUUGUAAUCAUCCUUAAUGUUUGUACGUUCUUUAAAGAACUUGAUCCUGCAACCUAUGAUCAUAUUACUGCUUUUAUGUAAUUCCUAAAGUAUGCAGCACUGGGGCAAUGAGUGCACAUACACAAUGACUAAAUGCUAUGUGAAUGGUGAGUAAAAAGGUUGUUACAGUGCCUUGCAAAAGUAUUCAUCCCCCUUGGCGUUUUCCCCAUUUUUUUGCAUAACAAACUGUAAUUUAAAUUGAUUUUUAUUUGGAUUUCAUGUAAUGGACAUACACAAAAUAGUCCAAAUUGGAUGAAGUGAAAUUUAAAAAAGUACUUGUUUAAAAAAACUCUAAAAAAUUAAAAUGGAAAAGUGGUGCGUGCAUAUGUAUUCACCCCCUUUGCUAUGAUACCCCUAAAUAAGAUCUGGUGCAACCAAUUACCUUCAGAAGUCACAUAAUUUGUUAAAUAAAGUCCACCUGUGUGCAAUCUAAGUGUCACAUGAUCUGUCACAUGAUCUCAGUAUAUAUAAACAUGUUUUGAAAGGCCCCAGUCUGCAACACCACUAAGCAAGGGGCACCACCAAGCAAGCGGCACCAUGAAGACCAAGGAGCUCUACAAACAGGUCAGGGACAAAGUUGUGGAGAAGUACAGAUCAGGGUAGGGUUAUAAAUAAAAUCAGAAACUUUGAACAUCCCACAGAGCACCAUUAAAUCCAUUAUUAAAAAAUGGAAAGAAUAUGACAAACCUGCCAAGAGAGGGCCGUCCACCAAAACUCACAGACCAGGCAAGGAGGGCAUUAAUCAGAGGCAACAAAGAGACCAAAGAUAACCCUGAAGGAGCUGCAAAGCUCUACAGCGGAGAUUGGAGUAUCUGUCCAUAGGACCACUUUAAGCGGUACACUCCACAUAGCUGGGCUUUAUGGAAGAAUGGACAGAAAAAAGCCAUUGCUUAAAGAAGGGAAAAAAGCUAACACAUUUGGUGUUUGCCAAAAGGCAUCUGGGAGACUCCCCAAACAUACGGAAGAAGGUACUCUGGUCAGAUGAGACUAAAAUUGAGCUUUUUGGCCAUCAAGGAAAACUCUAUGUCUGGUGCAAACCCAACACCUCCCAUCACCCCGAGAACACCAUCCUCACAGUGAAGCAUGGUGGUGGAAGCAUCGUGCUGUGGGGAUGUUUUUCAUCAGCAGGGACUGGGGAAACUGGUCAGAAUUGAAGGAAUGAUGGCUGGCUCUAAAUACAGGGAAAUUCUUGAGGGAAACCUGUUUCAGUCUUCCAGAGACUGGACUGGGACGGAGGUUCACCUUCCAGCAGGACAAUGACCCUAAGCAUACUACUAAAGCAACACUUGAGUGGUUUAAGGGGAAACAUUUAAACGUCUUGGAAAGCUCAGACCUCAAUCCAUUUGAGAAUCUGUGCUAUGACUUAAAGAUUGCUGUACACCAGUGGAACGACUUGGGGGGUGAAUAGUUAUGCAUGCUCAAGUUUUCCAUUUUUUUUCUUAUUUCUUGUUUCACAAAAAAAAAAGCAUCUUCAAAGUGGUAGGAUGUUGUGUAAAUCAUAUGAUACAACCCCCCCAAAAAAUCCAUUUGAAUUCCAGGUUGUAAGGCAACAAAAUAGGAAACAUUCCAAGGGGGUGAAUACUUUCGCAAGCCACUGUACUUCCUUGAAUAGUUAUGUGUCUCAUAGGAAAUUGUUUAAGUUGAAUGAAGUACAGUCUAACUAUUCACUCAGUCAUUGUAAGAACAAAGGAGCACUUUUUGUUGAACAAUUAAAUAUACUACUGGUUAUAAGCA